ACGUAUUACAGCAUCGCCGAGCGCCUUUGUUGUUAGACUGUAGCAAGGCGACUGUUUAUCCUUCUGAGCUAGCUGACACACUCCGUUUUUUUUGUUUUUUACUAGGAAGCACAAAGUUAGAUUGAGAUGAUUCGUGUUACGCUUUGACGUAAUUGAAUCACGCCGAAAGUGGGAUCCAUCAUGUCGUGCUAAGGUCGAAGAAGUCAGCUGCUUUCAAAAGGAAGUUUGUCCCAUCGAGGAGAGUACACAUGUCGUCUGCCGCAGGGACAGUGGAAAAUGCCUCCAUCAUUUCAGAGAGUGCGGCCCAUGAUGGAAACCGAUUAUGGAUAGGCAACAUUGAUCCCAAAAUCACAGAGUAUCACCUGGUGAAGUUGUUGGAGAAGUUUGGCAAUGUGAAACAGUUUGACUUCCUGUUUCAUAAGUCUGGGCCUUUGGAGGGACAACCUCGAGGCUACUGCUUUGUAAACUUCAACACCCGAGAGGAGGCAGAGAGGGCCAUUCAGUGUUUAAAUGGGAAGCUAGCUUUGUCCAAGAAGCUGGUGGUGCGCUGGGCGCACGCACAGAGGUUCGAAGGUUUCCGUAAUGAGAAGACAAUGCCCCCGAGCCUUGAACCUUCGUGCAGCGGCGCUGCGGAGGAAGGAGCCGUAGCCGCAAACCACCUCAGUACGAGUGCAAAGAUCCGCGCCAUCGAGGCCAAGCUGCAGAUGAUGGAGGAGAAUCCAGACGAUGACUACUCAGGCCCGUCAGCGUACGUUCACAACAAACCGCCGGAGAGGAAGCGCUGGGAGCCGUACUCUAAAUCCCACCACAAUAAUCAGAGCAGACCCUUCCGCAAGUUUAGGAGAUGACCCAUCAUUUCUGGAGAAUCCCCUCCCUCCGUCUCUACACACCUCAUCUCCCACCUACACAUAAACAGACUCUACACUAGAUGCUAUAAAGACUAUACACAUGCUGUAUGGGAAUAAACAUUUUGAAGUUCUUCUUGAUACUUUGAAACACAGGACUCUUCUGGAGGUAAUUGAAGCAAUCAUGGACAAGAAUUUUAAGUGGUUUCUUUUUGUUUUUGUUUUGCAGUUAUCAUUCAGCCGAUCCCGACUGCCAUGCAGGUUUAAUCCCGCAUAAAUCUUUCUGCUUCCUCACUUAUGCAGAGAUUUAUUUCAAGGGGAAUCCAACAGCCAAGAGUCACACGAUGCGAAGAAAGACAUGUCUUCAUAGUUUAUAUAGUCUAAAUGAUCGCUCUGUUUUUGACAUGGUUUUACUUUCCGUUUACAAAAUAUAAAUGUGGAAAUACGUUGUUUUUCCAAGACUAAGACAAAGAGGAAUUAAAACAUAGAUUUAUAACAGGUUGGUACUCAUGGAGAUUAUACAAUAAGCCACAAGCCUCUCAGCGACAACUACUGUAAGUUGCAGUAUUUUGUGUUUUUUUUCCCUUUUUUUUGUCUCAGAUCCAAUUUUUUAUACGACUGAUCUUUUUACUGAAUUAAUGUGGUGUGAAGAGUUUUUGGUAUUUCCUUUGCCACAGUCUCUAUUAUUAUUAAAGACAAUGAAAUAUGACGUCUUUUGCGUGUUGUUAUAUGAGCUUAUGUAGCUUCUUGACAUCCUCUUUUUAAGUGCAGGAUUUAGAUACAUGAAUCAAAAUGUUAGCGACUCGUCCCACAGGAUUUGGUGAUGCGGUUUAAAUGUUUCACAGAAAUAAUGGUGAAUCAUCUGCAUCUUAUUAAACAGAGAAGUUACUCACUAGCAGCAAAUCUACCAAACAGCUCUAAAGUAUCACAGAAUUCCCAAGGUUAGUACUGGGAUAUUCCUAGAACCAUCAGUGCUGAAACAACUAACCCUAACCCCCUAAGUCAUGGUUCAUCUGGAAUGUCUUAUUACUAGUAUUUAAAUAUUAUAUCCAGCCCUUGAAUAUACUUUUAAAUUGAUUGUUUUUUAAUUAAGUGUAUUAUUCGCUCUUAUGGGUUUCAUGCUGGAGCACAACUUUGAUCUUUGUUUUCCUACAGGCUUAACAUGCAAUAUGAGCACAUAUAGACAAUAUUUUUGACGGCAGGAAAGACAGUGAAAUUGUUUUCUGAUAGACCAUUUUAUUAUCAGCCAAAGGGCCUCUGCAGAGCUAAGGGUUCAAAAGUUUGAAAGAACAACUCUUACAUUAGGCGAGAUGAACAUGCAGCAGGAGAUGAUUUGAACAUUAAAUCCAAUCCUACCUCUUGAUAUAGCAAGCCCUUUCUUAAGUGUGUGUGUGCACGAGUGUGUGUGCGUGUGUGUAUUGCACAGCAGAUCUCUGGGCUACAGACUAUCCCUGAAA